GCGGAGCGCGGCGCCCGCGGCGCACUGAGCUCCCCAGGCCCGGGCGGCGGCGGCAUGGGGCUGCUGAGCGCGGCGGCACGUUGCGUGGUGCGCGGCGCCGACCGGAUGAGCCAGUGGACCAGCAAGCGCGGCCCGCGCACCUUUAACAAGAGCCGCGGCGCGAAGGGCACCGGCGUCCGCACCCGCGAGGGCAAGUUCGUGCUGGUCAAGGAGAUGGUGCCCGAGCUGGUGGUGCCCGACCUGGCCGGCUUCAAGCUGAAGCCCUACGUGAGCUACCGCGCGCCCGCGGGCGACGACGCGCCGCUGACGGCCGCGCGGCUCUUCCAGGAGGUGGUGGCGCCCGCCGUGGAGAGGGACUUCCGGGCCGGCACUUUCGACCCCGAGCGCCUGGACAAGUACGGCUUCGAGCCCACGCAGGAGGGCAAGCUCUUCCAGCUGUACCCCAAGAACUUCGCGCGCUAGCGGCUCGCCGGAGGGACGCAAAAGCCCCUCCUGCGCCCUCUUCGCCGGCCCUGGCGCGCUCUACCCUCCAGCCCGCCGGGCGCAACGACGGCUGUUUCUCUGAGCCUCCGCUCGGUACUGGAGGGGCUGCUGGAAGCAUCCCCAGCGCAGCUGCCUUAAUACUUAGACAGGAGGUGCCAGACCGGAGCCCCGGGACCCUGAACCCAAGGAUAACAGCGGAUGAACUGAAGCUGCACCAUCGAUCGGCCUGAGACCCGACUGACAGUGGCUUGCCAGCAUUACUGGCCACAAACCCCUCCCCGUCUUGAUCCCAGGAAAACGCAGAGUCCCAACCCUUCUGGGCUGGUGCGUCCCCCGCGCCCAGCCCUUUCCCUCUCUUGGGAAAAUAGAAAUAAAACUUUGUCGCCUGCA